CGCAUACUUCGACAUGCGUCACUUGUCAUCUUAGGUCGCCAUAUCUCGCAUCUCAGGAGAUGUUCCGGAACACGUAUCAACGAGGAUUUCUGACAGUUUUUAGCAGCAGUGGCAGCAAGCCACUGGAAAUAUGGGACGUUUUCACCAAGAAUGGUCACUCCAAACGUGUAACAGAUGAAGAACUCAAGCUUAUGUCCUUUGAACUGAUGGGUGUCAAUGUUGCCACCACUUACAUGGUAGCACCGAAGUGCCCUUGUCCUUCGCUCGGAGUAAAGCUUCCGUUUUUGGUUUUGCUGGUAAAGAAUUUGAAAAAGUUCUUCUCCUUCGAGAUUCAGAUAUUGGACGACCGCAACACGCUCCGUCGCUUCCGAGCUUCCAAUUAUCAAAGCGCGACACGAGUGGACAAUUUCUGUACCGUAAUGCCGCUAGCUCUAACCCCUGGUUGGAAUCAAAUCCAGUUCAAUUUGGCUGAUUUUACGCGUCGUGCGUACGGUACAAACUACAUCGAGACCGUACGGAUACAGAUACAUGCAAAUGUCCGCGUUAAACGGGUCUAUUUCUGUGAUCGUCUCUACCCGGAUGAUGAGCUGCCGGCACAUCUGAGACUCCAUCCGCCAUUGAGGCCAUGCAAGAUUAGCGAGCUUACCAGACGGAGGGGUAAGAAUCCUGCUGAAGCUGUGGAAACGAUAAGACCAACCACUCCGGUCAUGGAAACGGGAGAUCGAGCUCCGGUAAACGUUGAGCCUGGUGAGUCCAACAGCAGGAGGGGUAGCAUUAAUCCACCUAUCGAGCCAAUUGUGGAGAUCAUAGAGGAGAUUGUUGGAGCAGAGAACGGAACAGCCUUACACGAUGCGACAGAAAUUCCGAUCGUGACAUCGGCUCCGGAAAUCGCUGUGCAAUAUUGA